AUGCCCCACCUCACGCACCUCCGGAUCGAGUCCGACCAAUACUUCUCAAGCACUGGCGAACGUACCCGCUCCCCCGAGCCGUACACGUACACUCUUCGUGCUGCCACACUCCCAGUGCUGCACACCUUGAUGUUGCGGAACACCCUCGUCACCUUGGACACGCCGCUGUGUCGCCACCUGCGCUUCCUCCACCUCGGACACCAGGAGAAAUAUCCGUCUUGCCUACCCCUGGGUCGAUUCCUCAAUAUGCUGGACGCCGCCGAGGCACUGGAGGAGCUCUAUGUAGAGAACUACAUCGAAGUCUCCGCCCCAGCAGGUCCCCACCCUCUGCCGGUAGUGUCCUUGGAGGGCCGCCCGCGGCUCAAGCGCAUUCGGUUGGGCGACUCGCCACGCAUCGUGUCGAAGAUCCUUUCCCACCUAAUCAUUCCCCGGCACACCAGCAUCGCGGCUGUUGGGUACGUCGAUGAACACCCAGAGUUCGGUGCCUUCCGCUCCAUUCUCCGCAACAAGACGGACAACCUUCAAAUUUUGCGCACCACCGCAGAAAUCAGGAUUCGCGACGCCGACACGGACACUGACGAGCGCAGCCGUGUCAUCUCUGCAAUCACUCAAUAUGGAGACCAGGGCGCCGCCUUCGACGUGGAGGUGCAGCGCAUUCCUUCCAGACGCUCCGACCCCACCUGGGAGCGCGACGGAAGGCUGCUUCAUUCCAUGGUCGAGGCCCUCAGCCUCUACCAGGGCUUCCCAGUGUAUACCCUCAAGGUCACCGGUAAUCUGGGGCGUGUGACGGAGAAGAUGUGGGCCGCCGCGUUCGACCACUUCCCCGACUUGGAGACUAUCGAAGUCGAAGACAUUCAGACGGAGCGCACGGAUUCUAUAUACGCCAUCAUCGCGGCGCUCGGAUCCCGGUCGUCCACACGCACCGGAGUGGUCUGCCCCCGGCUCAAGAGCCUCAGCUUCAAAGGCCCAAUGUACGGCAUCCAACUAACGGCGGUGGUCUUUGGCUGUGUCACGCAGCGCACAAAGCAUGGAGCGCUGCGGAUUAGCAAGCUGAAGAUUGAUGUUACGGCUGAUAUAGCUUGGAAUUCAGCUACGGAGUCGCUUUGUCGCCAGGUGCUGGGCGAUUUUGCUGCCGUCGUCAACUUCACUGUGGCGCACGCACACAACUAG